GCUUGAAGACUGAGAAUUGCUUGGAUAAUUCAUACCCUUCGACCUGGUUGAAGUAACGUAUACUUUGUAACCGCCAGGUAACAUCGUGUCCGGCGGAUCAUGCCCACCUCCACUGCGAUGCAGUACCUGAUUGAUGAAAGCACUCCCGUCGCCGGAUGAUUGAACUCGAAGGUUCAGAAGGUGAAGUCCCCAUCCACCACGACAUGCGUUGUACAUGCGUGUAGCCCUCCGUAGCCUCGUGUCGGCCAUGAGGCGUGCAGGAGUGGCCAACGACAGCCGUCGCCCACUACCACCUGAUCCCCAAUCCUGAGCGCUGAGCGCUGAGCUGUCGCAUCCUCGGAAGGCAUACUUACGUCUAACAUUCAGUCUGAACUGAACUGCAGCAUGCAGCCAUUGCAGAUCGAGAUCCCCGAGUCACUUGUCCCCCUUCCGACGACGUAUUCGACGUCCCGAUCCUCAUCCUCGCCGCCCUCGAGCUGGGUAAACCACUCUCCCGCUCGCCAUGUAUCCGCCCUUCCGUCCCCCGUCUCGCCCAUCUUAGUUCACACAGAGCUCUCGCCCAUACACUCCGAACAGGACUCCACUACAGACCACACUGAAUCUCACCAAUCCGAAGACCCGUCUCCGCCGAAGCAAUAUGUCGAGGUCGAGACUCCGUCUCCAAGCGUCGCGUCGCUGGUCGAAUUCGCUGGGAACAGGGCGUCUAGGACAGACCUGAUGAACUUGGUCAUCGUUCCGCACAGUCCUGCCGUCCCGUUCGUCGCGCCUGUACCACCACGCUCGCACCGUCGGACUGCCCGGCGCCCUAGAGCGCAUACGACGCCCAGUCGACCCGAGUCGCCCAUUUCGACUCCUCCUUCUGCAGCAGCGCUGUCAUCUUCUAUGACAUGCCCACCCGACGAUGCCCAGCCAAAAGAUCGCUCUUCUCAAGCAAUCACAAGCUCCAAGUCCAAGUCCGAACCGCCACGUUCUGCUGUGCGCCCAUCCUUCCAUGAUAUGUUCUACAUACGGGAUGAGAUGGUCGUGAUAAGUGUAGAGGGUUGCCUCUAUAGGGUACAUCGUCAUCUACUGGAACACAAUUCCGAUUUCUUCCGGCGGCUGUUCUUCGAGGGCGCGAAGGAUGGGAGGAACCUCGGUGCUUCAGACGAAUCCGCGAUCACCCUUCCCGAUGUGUCGCAACAUGAUCUCGACUGCCUACUCAAUUUCCUGUACUUCAGAAUAUUCGAAGAUGACGCACUGUCAUUGCGCGAUUGGGUGACCCUGCUGGACAUUUCCUCUCGCCUGCGCUUCUCCAAGCUCCGUUCCCGGUCAAUCCGGGAGAUCUCGAGCCGCAGAGACUCGCUGACCGCGGUCGAGACGAUUGUGCUCGCGCAUAAACACGACGUGCCGGUUUGGCUGGCGAAGGCGUACGGAGACCUGUGCCGGAGGCCGCAUCCGCUCGACGAUGCGGAGGCAGACCAGCUGGGCGCGAAGAUCACUGCGAGGAUCGCACGUGCUCGCGAGACUAUCCGGGACGAGACGUUCCGGGCAGUCUACCAAACACGCUCGGUCAACCGCGCUGCGCUGCCGGACACGUUCGACGAUGAGCUGGUGUCGCGGACUGUCAUGGAUGUGUUCUGGCUGGGAGAAUGAGGGCGAGGGACGAGGUAUGCGACCCCAGGACGCGUUGCUAGAUUGAACAGUCCGCAGUGUUUGCUCAAGUAUGUGUGCGUUUGUGCGUUGUUCCCAGUUCGGUAUGUGAGCUCACAAUGGCAGUGUAUUGUUAUCAGUAUGCGGACGCUGUAUUGCGAUGUAGGGCGGCAGAUAAAGUAAGGUUUGCGAUGUUGCGAUGUCCGAUUCUCCUUACAGCAUGGCCCCGUGCCCGUGU